AAAUCCCCCACUACAAAUUAUUUUCGACAAUACCGCGAGGUAUAAAAGAUUUCGUUUCAAAACCCAAAGCAUCACACUACCAGUGAACGACAAUCAACCAACUACCCUCAACAACAAUGGCAUUCAAGCUCGUAGUUCUCGCCUGCGUUUUGGCUGUUGCCAACGCCGGCGCGAUUUUGUCUCCGGUUCAAUACGCCGUGCCCCAGGCCCACUACGCCCCAAGCAUCGCUGUUGCUUCUCACGCGAUCACCUCUCAGUCCGACAACAUCCUGCGCAGCCCUGGAAACCUGGCCCAGGUAGCCACCCAGCAGAAGACCAUCACCACUCCUUACUCCAGCUCCAGCAAGUCUGACGUCCGCGUCAGCAACCCCAGCGUCUACACCACCACCGCCUACGCUGCCCCCGUCUCUUACCCUCAUGCUGCCCCGAUCGCUUACGCCGCCGCUCCGGCUUACGCUCACGCCCCCGCCCCCGCCUACGGCCACGCCGCUGCCCCAGCAGGUCUUCUUGGAGUCGCUUAUUCCCCGGCCGUAGCUGUUUCCCACAUGAGCUACAGCAGCCCAGUCGGCAUCUCCUACGCCUGGUAAAAACGUCAAGAUUGAGUUAUCGCAACGCUACGACUAUGCAUUUCGAUGAAACUUAUUUAUUAAAUUAUUUCUUCUAACCUUAUCGUAAA